UCAGGAGGACUUAUGAGAGAGGGGGGUGACUCGUUAUCCAUCUUUGGAGGCCGGGCCKCACAGACAACUGAGAGAGAGAGAAUGGAGAGAGAAGGUGUUAUGUUUGAGAGUGUGAGGAGGGGCAAGAGGAGUGUUCGUCCAAAUGUAAGGAGAGAGCGGACCCCUCUUGAGAGAUCUAUUGACACCCCUUCCUCCGGCAUGGCAAACAUCACAUCUGCCCAAUGGCAGGCCAUGCUGGAUGCAGCAGAUGAGAGCGAGAGACCGUUCUUCCAGAAGCUUUAUGAUGAUGCCGUGCAGAGGGAAAGAGAGGCAGAGGCAGCAGCCAGAGCUGCCAACAUUGCUGAUCAGGUGGCCCUCCUUCGGAUCCCGGAAGCCAAUGCUGACCGGUUCCAGGAGGGACUAGCUGUUGCCGUAACAGUCUUGGUUCGACUGCGGACCUUGGAAAACCUUGAGUCCCGUGUGACAGCACUAGAGCAGCGAAACGAAGAGUUCCAGGCUGAGCUACUCAGCCUCAAACAGUCCCAACUGUCUGCCCCCCGCCCUCCUAACCCUCGACCUGCUGCAGUCCCAGUCUCUCAAUCUAACACAGUACUCGUGGCAAGAGCAAGUGAAAUUGUGUCGAGCGCAGGGACCGGUGCCAGCUCCUCGAGCGACAACGCCGGCAGCUCUGCACUAGUCAUAGUCCCAAAUGCAGGAACAUCAGCCCAAAACGCCACAGUCCUUACUGGCGUUCAUUACAGCGGUCCCGUAGUGGACAAGCGGGCGGCCACCUUGCCGUCCAAGUAUGACGGGAAAGCAGAUAUCACCUCUUGGAUUAGUUCCAUGCGGUCAUACUUCGAGGUCAUGCGGACACUGCAAGAGGACCGAAGCAUGAUCAUGGGCACUAAUACUGAGGCCGCCGUAUGGAAUCACAUUGAACUCCAAGCUGUUGCUGCAGGUUAUGAAAGAAUUGACCUGACUGAGUGGCUGAAUGUAACGCCAGUACGCGCCCUUGAGGACCUUCUCAUCACAGGGUACCAAGAUAAGCAUGCUGUGCUCAAGGCUAGGCUGAAGCUUGAGGCCCUCAAGGGCCAAACAUGGAGGUCCUCCAUGCAGGCUUUGGAACAACACUUGACCGGUCUGUUCACUACUCCAGAUCUGGGAAUGACCGACGUGUCUUGUAUGGAUGUAGUCAUGGGAGUGGCCCCUAAAGAAUACCUCUCCCUGCUAGGACUCAAAGACCAUACUACUUGGCGAGAGCUCAUGACGGACCUAGUCAACCUAGAGGCCAAGGACCUCGCCAGGCGUAAGAAGGCGCCCGCUGCAGGUGGGAAACAACAACGCAAGCGGUAUGGAAGCAGCAACCAGCUUGCCCUGCAUGAUCAUCGGGAGGCUGAAGAUCAGUCCUACGCGGAUGAUCUGUCUCUAGAUGACGAUCUAGAGUCGGACUCCGAUAUGGGUUGUUCCAAAUCAGCCAUUGAGUCUGACGUGAACGAAGACGAAAAACUUAAUGCGUUUAAAAAGACUGCUUCAAACAAGGGGCCUAACCGUGGUUCGGGUAAGGGAACUGUUGUCCACCUCCCCAAGAAUGCGAAGAUCCCUGAGAAACCGGAGGAUGCGUCUACCAAGCCUUGGGAAGCCCUUCGGAAACAAGCAAAGGGCGUAGAGGAGUCAUCAACACUCCGUACAACAAGGGAAGCUGGAACAUCAGUUGCAGGCCCCUCUAAUGAGCCUGAAUCUGAUCAACAACCUACUCUUGAAGCCCGGAACGACGCUGAUUCCAAGGCUGCUGCAGUUCAUGUGCUAUACACUGAGCCUUGGGAGGAGUCUAAGGAAGUUGACUUCCACGCUCACAUGGAACAUUGGUUGCAGCUCAAUCAGCAACGCCGUGUUCAAGGGAGUGUGGAGCUAACCUUCUUUAAACUGCUCAUUAACCGUCGAUACAUCUGCGUGCUGAUUGAUAGUGGUUCAACCACGAAUUUCUUUUCUCCUAACGGAAUUCGUAAGGCGGGCCUGGGAAUGAAGCAAGUGGAACUGCAGAACCCUUGUCAGACCCAGGUGGGCAACCAAGAGGUUGUCACCUCUACACAUGCUGUCAAAGGUGUGCGUGUCACCUUUGACAAGGACCGCACUGUCACACAUGAGCUCAACUUCUAUGUCAUGGACAAGUGUCCAUUCGACGCGGUCAUUGGCUUGGGCUGGUUAAAGGCUCAUUGCCUAAGGACCACGUGGGCGGACAAUCAGUUCGUGGUGCGUGAUGCCAAGGGGAACGAGCGUACCGUCCUAUUGGAUGAGACGCGCGAGUCCCCUGUGACUCUUCUAAGUGCAAACAAAUUCUGCAAAUCAGUGCGAAGGCGCAAGGAAGUUGAGCAUGUACAUAUAGCCUUUGUAAAGCCUCUCCAUGUGCCUCCUACUUUUGCUGCGUUUUCUACCUCGGACGUUGAAGACCGCCUGAAGAAGUCUAUCACGACUGUGGAGGUUGUGGCAGCCGGCACAGAGGCCUCCAAACUGAUUGCACAGGGGCGACAGACUCUAGACCAGCUUGCUUUGAAGCAACUGGAAGAGGUUAUGGAAGCUACUCGUAAAGGGGAGGUGAAACCAGAAGUAAGUGAGGAAACGAUUGAUGCUAACAUCCAGCAGCUCAGAGAUACUCUGGCUGCCGAAGAAAGAAAGAAGGAAGAAUUAGUCAGAAGAAGAGAACAGGAACAGCGAAGGGGACAAAAGGUUAAGGAGAUCAGACAAGUCAUAGGAACAGAAGUCGGUGAACAGACUGACAUGUCACAAACGUUGGCUAAUAUUGUGACAUAUCUUACCUUUCUAGAGGAGAAGAUUGAUAGACAGCAAAAUCAGUUGGAUGAAAUCACUGUUGGAUUGAGAACAAUUGCUAAUAUUGUGAAAGGUAAGAAUCAGAUUCAGGGAGAAGAAGAACAAGAAGAGAAGAAGGAGAAGAAAAAAGUAAAGAAGUUGAUUUUGGUUGCAAUGAAGUUUGCUGAUCCCGUGAUAAAGACAAAUGAAAAUGGAAAUGGAUCCAAUGGAAAUGGAUCAAGUCAGCCAUCCACUCCUCACUCUUCUCAUUCUUCUAAGUCUACUCCUAAAGAAACUCCAGAAAAGACAAGCGCUGAACCCGAAAAACCGAAGGAGAAAGAAAAGGUGAAGAUGAAGUUGCCGUUUACGUUUUGCAACAAGAAAGAAGAAGGUCUGUUGCUGUGGAUUGCAGAAAUCCAGACGUAUAUGAGUACCGCACCGGUCGAGACGGAGUCCCAAGUCGCAUUCACCACUUCUUGCAUGGGUGGUGAGGCCAAUGCGGCGGGUUUCGAAGAUAUCGGUGAGUGGGCAAAGACAUUGACGCUGAAACAAUUCUUGGCGAAAACCAGGGACCGUUUCCUCGACAAGACGACGGCCGACAAGGCCUUUGACCAGUUGACGUCAAUUGGUCAAAAGCAUUGGACGUCAGUUGAGGCUUUGUCCCGAGAAGUUGACCGAUUGUUGCAGGUUCCUAGGUUUAACUUGCAAGACAACCAAGUGUUGUACAUCUAUUCCCGUGCGUUGCCUGAGCCCAUCCGGGGACACUUAGUCACUGAAGCAAAAUCCGGUAAGUACAACUACAGGCAAUUUCGUGACCUUGCCCUGCAAAGGGAACAGAUGACUUCUCAAGUCAAGAAUUCCUAUGCAGCGGUAGUCAAGUYUGRAGGAGSAGGAGRAAGACAGUACAAUGGGAAACRARUUCUYUGGCGACAGAAGCGCCAKGACCACACCCUUGUCGUCUUUGAUGACGACACAGUGGAAAAGUGGCCUAACGAGGAGAAUGAUAACAACAGUAACUCCGGGAAGGGGGAAGUCACUGCUGUUGUGGCCAAUAAGGGAGGACCACCCAGGACAGGAGGGAAGAAACAAAGAGCGUUUCCAUGACACCCUGGCAUUGCUGAUGGGAAGCCAUGGGUYGAAAURGGUAUGACUAGAAARACUUGGCAGGAGCGCAUGGACAAUGC